GAGGUUAUCACUGCGCGGCGUGUAUUAGGUAACAUUUGCGAGUUGACGUUUCAAUGGCCCCUGUCACAGAGGAAGAGUUCGGGAAGACGGAGGCGGGAGAAAAUGUCAGCAGAUACACCCUUACCAACAACAACGUCCUUGUCCGCGUCUUGAACUACGGCGCCACCAUCACUGACAUCCUGGUUCCAGACAAACACGGCAACGUUGACGACAUCAGUCUCGGCUUCGACGACAUAACAGGUUACCAAGACAACACACCCUACAUUGGCACUGUCAUUGGACGAGUCGCUAAUCGUAUAGCAGGAGCUAAAUUCUCUUUGGACGGAAAAACUUACAACCUCGCUGCCAACCACGGGUCAAACUUUAUACACGGCGGCGUGAAAGGCUUCAACAAAGUCGUGUGGACCGCCAAUGUCGUGGACGGCAAGAAACUUCAACUGAGGUACGUCAGCGACGACGGUGAAGAGGGCUUCCCGGGUGAGGUGACGACAACCGUGACGUAUGAGCUGACGGAUGACAAUCAACUGUUCAUUCAGUACGAGGCUCGCACCACCAAGACCACGCCCAUCAACCUCACAAACCACGCCUACUUCAACAUGGCCGGACAUUCUGCAGGCCACAUUGACGACCACGUUGUCAGAAUCAACUCUGAUGCCUACGCCGUCCUCGACGACACCUUCAUACCGACAGGUGAAAUAAAAGAUGUCGCUGGAACCCCAUACGACCUGCGGAGCCCGGUGCGGCUGGGUGAUCACAUGACGUCAGUUCCGGGAGAGAAAGGAUACACUGUCAGCUAUAACUUGGAGGAUUCGGGGACCCUGAAACACGUGGCAAGAGUGGAGCACCCCCCAUCAGGCCGUGUCCUAGAAAUGUCCACAACAGAACCUUCUGUCAUGUUCUACACCAGCUACUAUCUGGAUGCCACGGGCAAAGGUGGCGCCACCUACGGGAAGUUUGGAGCAUUUUGUCUUGAAGCCCAGCAUCACCCGGACAGUGUAAAUCAGCCCAGCUUCCCCUGCACCGUCCUCCGUCCCGGCGAGACCUACAGACAGACAACCGUCUACAGAUUCAGUGUAGACUCCCAGUAGACAGGCAGACAGACAACCGUCUACAGAUUCAGUGUGGACACCCAGUAGACAGGCAGACAACGUCUACAGAUUCAGUGUAGACAGGCAGUAGACUGGCAGGCAACCGUCUACAGAUUCGGUGUAGACAGGCAGUAGACUGGCAGGCAACCGUCUACAGAUUCGGUGUAGACAGGCAGUAGACUGGCAGACAACCGUCUACAGAUUCAGUGUAGACAGGCAGUAGACUGGCAGGCAACCGUCUACAGAUUCGGUGUAGACAGGCAGUAGAUCACAAGGCCUAUGGAGAGACAUGACUUUGAACCCUACCUAACCAAGAACCGCACUUUUACUGUACAUAUUCAUGAAUAAAAUAUAUCCUAUC